AUGGGCAGAUCGUCUCCUCCAUUUCUCUAUGAUCCUCCCUCCACAUGGUCGUUCGAUGGCCCGGCAGGGAGCGGUUUCAAUCCCAAGGCUGUCACCCAGGCGAGCUGGACUCCCCGACAGACGAAGCCGAAGCCAAAUGGCCCGCUGGUGAACUUCAAUAGGCACCCCGACAUGAGAGAUCACCCCGAUGAGUCCUCGCACAAAGGUCCGUGUCAAACGGACGAGGUUGCUGCAGCUCCUGCUCCGAAUCGCCUCCCUGGUUGGCGCCCUAGGGGCAUUAUUCUGUGUCAUCUGCAUCAAUGGGACGGGUGUCUCGGUGGGAUGGAUUAUAAGGGUUGCGGUACGCAUCGCACUGAACCUGAUAGGGUGCCAUGGACCACGCUGACGAAAUGUCUCUCUUUCAAGCCCGCACUGGCCACUCUACACACCAUCUACUCCAUCUAUCAUCUGUCUCGCUCUGCUGCCAGCCGACCUCCGGCCUCCACCACCAGCUAUAUGCUUUUUGCCGCUUCGUUGGACGCGGGAUUGGUCCCAUUCUACGCGUUUACCGCCUUUGCGGCCAACCGGCAAUAUACAGAUAAUGCGUACAACUGGGGCACGCUGUUCAAUAACGUGCAGAUCACCGAGAACAUUACCCAUGUUCUGUUCCUCAUCAGCACCGUCUGUGGCGGGCUGCACAUCGUGUCCUUUGCCAUCUCUGUUUACCUGGCCACUGUAUUCCGGCAGAUUGCCAAGCUCCCUCCAGAUAUGAACCCCCUGGAGGAUAACCUCACCGCUCGUCCGCACAAACGCAACAAGUCAGAGAUCUCAGAGAAGCAUCGGAGCGUCAGUACUCUGGAUUCGUCGGAUGCCAACUCCAGAGCUACAGCGGAAGAUCCGCUCAUGGGAGAACCUCGCACCAUUCCCUUCAUGCACACGAGGCAAAGCUCGUUGGACACGACCUCUGGACAGCAGCAAUCUUCUCCAACGUCUUCCGAUAAGAAGAGAGCGUCUCGAACAUCGAACCAGUCUCAUCGACUCUCUCGUUCGGAUCUUCCCAGUCAACAGCGGCGCCUUUAUGAGCAGUCGAACCAGUCCAAGAACUCUUUGACGCGAUCUGCAGCACACAGGUCCCGCGACCCGUCAUCCCGGCCCACAUCAAUGGUGGUGAAUGAUGCUCCAGUGCUUCUUCCGUCUUCAAAUGAGCAUGUGCCCACUGAUUUCCGAUGGGGCAGUCCGGUCUCCUCUCUGGAGUCCGACAACUGGGUAGCUUAUCCAUCGCGACCCUCAUCUCCCGUCAAUGAAAACAUUGCCCGACGAGAGAGCCCCAUUGAAAGUCGCAACGGCACGCCCCCUUCAUUCACCAAUGGUGUCAGUGAUUGGCUUAGCUCUGCGCAGAAAUAUGGACGCGAUGUGUCCCAUGAGAAGGCCCGCGGAGAGUAUACAGCGCUGCAAAAUGAGGAAGAUGAGAAAAAUGAUGAAAAUGCGUAUCAGGACCACCAUGCGGAACAGGACCUGGGAGAGCGUCAGCAACCUCAUGAUGGCAAGACAACGAAUCCCUUGGGCAUGAAUCCACCGACUCCACGACCAAAGGAAGAGGAGCAAUCAGCAUCCAGGAAUGCGAGCCUACGCCGUCCCGCCCUGACGGACCUCCCGAACCCCUCCGUCAAUAAUAAUAAUCGGUCCGGUACCAAGGGCCGCUUUUACGGUGAGCUAGAGGGGACCGGUCUUUCCGUGCCGCGGGCGGUCAGCAACCAAGAGAUGCAGGAAGAAAAACCGAAGUUUCUUGGUAGCAAGAAGCUCCGGAGACGCAAGUCCGGCAAGUCGUCCGCAUACGAAGCUCUGAAGACGAAGGACGAUGACGAGGAUAGCGACGACCCUGAGAUGCCGGAGAUGGAGAAGCAGAAGUCCACGGAAGCCAGCGACAACAGCAGCGAGAGUGACCGCAAGGGUCGCGUCGUGAGCAAUUCCGGCAUUGAUCUUGGCGCGGGUUUCCAGCUGGGCUCCGGUUCGAAUUCGUACAGCAGCUACAUCUCCGAACUGGGGGUUGACGCAGGAGAGACCGCAACGUUAGCGGCAAGGUGGCCGAGGAAGGGCGUGGCGGGUAUGCCAAAGAAGAGAACACACAGGAGAAGAAGCGGAAUUCGACCAUUCGAGCCGCAGGAUGGGCCCGGUUUGCCGGGCUGUAAUCAGGCCAGGCCAGUUGUGAAACAGAAACAGAAACAUCUUGACUGGCUGACUGCUCUGCCUGACGAACUUGGUUUCUCUUGUUUCUGCUUAUCCCUGUCACGCGAUGCUAUACCUUAUGUCUGUCUCUGCGUGUUGGGUGGAGCAGCAACAAUGACAGAAAAAAAAUCUACCCUUGAUGGAAAUGAUUUGUCAUGUUAUCUCCAAUCAGUCCAAAGUUCAGACAGACCUUGGUUUGGUUGGUUGACAUGGAAUGAAACGAAUGAAAUGAAGUGA